GGACCGAUCAUGGGUGACUGGAGCUUUCUGGGUAAUAUUUUAGAGGAAGUUAACGAGCACUCUACGGUGAUCGGCCGGGUGUGGCUCACGGUGCUCUUCAUCUUCCGCAUCCUCAUCCUGGGCACGGCAGCGGAGUUCGUGUGGGGCGAUGAGCAGUCCGACUACGUGUGCAACACCCAGCAGCCCGGAUGUGAGAACGUGUGCUACGACGAGGCCUUCCCCAUCUCCCACAUACGACUUUGGGUGCUGCAGAUCAUCUUUGUGUCCACGCCGUCUCUGGUGUACGUGGGUCACGCUGUGCACCAUGUCCACAUGGAGGAGAAACGCAAGGAGCGCGAGGAGGCAGAACUUAGCCGGCAGCAGGAGCUGAGCGAGGAGCGACUCCCUCUGGCGCCUGACCAGGGAAGCGUCCGCACCACUAAGGAGACCAGCACAAAGGGAAGCAAGAAGUUCAGGCUGGAGGGCACCCUGCUGAGGACCUACAUCUGCCACAUCAUCUUCAAGACGCUCUUCGAGGUUGGCUUCGUGGUGGGCCAGUACUUCCUGUAUGGCUUCCGCAUCCUGCCACUGUACAAAUGCAGCCGCUGGCCCUGCCCCAACACGGUGGACUGCUUUGUGUCUCGCCCAACGGAGAAGACCGUCUUUAUCAUCUUCAUGUUGGCCGUGGCCUGUGUCUCACUCUUCCUCAACUUCGUGGAGAUCAGCCACCUGGGCCUGAAGAAGAUUCGCUUUGUCUUUCGCAAGCCGGCCCCGGCCCCAGCACAAGGCGAGGGCUCGGCCCCCCUGCCGCUACAAGGGAAGAGCCUGCCCCCCCUGGCUGUGCCCUCUCUGCAGAGAGCGAAAGGUUACAGGCUGCUAGAGGAGGAGAAAGCUCCCGUUACUCACCUCUACCCGCUGGCUGAGGUGGGCAUGGAGGCUGGCAGAGGCGCCCCACCCUUCCCGGGGCUGGAGGAGAAGGCGGAGGAGGUGCUGCCCAUGGAGGACAUCUCUAAAGUGUAUGACGAGACUCUGCCCUCCUACGCCCAGACCACUGAGACAGCGGGGGUGACAUUACACGAGGAGGCGCCUGAGGAGGUGCAGCCGGCUGAGGUGGAUGUGGAGGUAGAGGAGGCGGUGAACGGGGAGGGGGUAACUCCGGCAGAGGCAGGGAUGGAGGCGGCGGAUACGAUAGAAGACACCAGACCGCUGAGCCGACUGAGCAAAGCCAGCAGCAGGGCCAGGUCAGACGAUCUCACUGUAUGAACCUGUGAGAGCGAGCACAUGUACACCUGCACACACCAACAAAAGAGAGAGAGAGAGCACACACACACCUAACUCAAGACAACGCACA